AUGGCUCCCAAGCGCCCAGUCACUUCAUCCUCCUCUGAGCAGCCUCCAAAGAAAAAGCAGCACAAGAUCCUGACCCUUGAGAAGAAGCUAGAGAUCAUCAAACGCCAUGAGGAAGGCCAGGGUGUCAGUGACAUCGGGCGCGCCAUGGGUCUUGCACCUUCCACGGUGGGGACAGUGACAAAGAAAAAGGCCAUUUACAAGAAGAUGGUGACAACUGCUGCAGAAUUUCCUUCAGCCUGCAGGAUCACCAGAGUCAGGAGCGUCAGACUGGAGAAGAUGGAGCAGUUGCUGGUGGCCUGGAUAGACGACUGCAGUGCAAAGAAAAUACCUAGUUCGCUUUCUCUGAUUAAUGAACGGGCACGCGCCCUGUGGGGAAGCAUGCAGCCUGAGGACGAGGAGGCCGUGGACGACCCGGACCAGCCUGACCUUCGUCAGAGGGCCGGUCUCAGCAACGUACGGCUUCAGGGAGAGGCCGCCAGCGCUGAUAAAGAGGCUGCUGAAGCCUUCCCUGCCCAGUUCUUGAAGGUGAUUGAGGAUGGUGACUUCUCCCCAAAGCAAGUGUUCAACAUUGAUGAAACUGGCCUCUACUGGAAGAAGAUGCCGGCAAGCACCUACAUAUUCACCAAGGAGAGGACGGCACCUGGAUUUAAGGCGGCAAAGGACCGCCUUACGUUGGCGCUUGGUGGAAAUGCUGAGGGUGAUGUCAAGCUGAAGCCUCUUCUAGUUUAUAGCCAUGAGAACCCUCGGGCACUGAAAAACACUUCUAAGCCAUCACUACCUGUUUACUGGAAGUCCUCCAAGAAGGCAUGGGUUACAACCAGCAUUUUUCACGACUAUAUCUACAACUACUUCUCUCCUUUCGUCUCCCGCUACACCUCCGCAAACAACCUGGCGAACAAGGCGUUGCUUCUCUUGGACAACGCACCAGCACACACACCCGCGAUGGUCGAUUGGUGUGCUAACGUACAGGUGUGCUUUCUGCCCCCGAACACCACAUCGCUCAUUCAGCCAUGUGAUCAGGGGUUGAUUUCGACAUUCAAGAGUUAUUACACCAGACGAGCAAUGCAUGCGCUGAGCGUUGCUCACAGAGACGGCAUUAUCGAUGGUCCUCAGGCUUACUGGAAGACCUUCGAUAUCAAAAAGGCCGUCGAGAUGAUUGGCGAGGCGUGGCAGGAGAUCACUCCUGUAACCAUGAAUGCCGUGUGGAGGAAACUAUGGCCACAGGCUGUGCAUAACUUCACUGGCUUUGCUGUGCCCGACACUGCCGCCCUCAGCAAGGAGAUUGCUGCCUUGGCCAACGAAGCUGCCCUCGGAGACGGAAAGGAGGUCACAGAGGAAGACGCAGCUCCUCAAUUCUCACGACCAGGAGCUAACAACGCAAGACCUCUUGGAACUCGAGGAGACCAGGACCGAUGCUGCCGACCCGAGUCUCCCGUCCCUCCUCUGACGAUCACAUGUGCCUAG